GCAAAGAAAAAGAAAGAGGAAAUAAUAGGAAAAGUAGCGGCGUCCAUGGUCAUCACUUCCGCCUCCGCGGCGGCCAGCGCCGUGCCGCCGCCUCCCGCGAAAACAAAAUCCGGGACCCUAGCUACAGCACCAUCUCUCACGGCCACAAGAAGGCACCUCCUCCUGGCUUCCACCGCAUCCGCACUCCCCACGGCCGCCGCCUCCGCCGCAGCCUCUCGAUUCACCGAGAUCCCUAGCUCCGGCGGCGUGAAGGCCCUAGAGCUCCGGGAGGGUUCAGGCGAGGUCCCAGUCGACGGAGACCAGGUUGCAAUUCACUACUAUGGGAGGCUGGCUGCGAAGCAAGGAUGGCGCUUCGACUCAACCUAUGAUCACAAGGACGCGACCGGUGAUCCGAUACCUUUUGUCUUUACCAUCGGGUCUAGAAAGGUUAUACCUGGUAUUGAAGCGGCAGUGAAGUCCAUGAGAGUUGGUGGUCUUCGCCGUGUGGUCAUUCCGCCAUCACAGGGAUAUCAAAACACAUCACAGGAACCAAUUCCUCCUAAUUUCUUUGAUCGACAGAGAUUAUUUACUACUAUAUUCAACCCGACACGCCUCGCAAAUGGCGAGGGUUCCACUCUUGGUACUGUCAUCUUCGACAUCGAGCUGAUCAGCAUAAGGCAGCAUACAUGACUGUUGUGCUUUGCCAAGGCUGAAAGUCCGAUCAGGCGAUCACCACCCUGAUUAAAAUCCUUCAGCAUUGCACACUUCUGUCUCAAAAGGAACUCUGAACUAGUGAUCAUGCUUCUGUCCAUUCCCUCUGUAAAUGCAAUAUACUCCCUCCGUUCCUAAAUAUAAGUCUUUCUAAAGAUACCAAUAUGGACUACAAACGGAGCAAAAUGAGUGAAUCUACACUCUAAACAACGUCUAUAUACAUCCGUAUGUAGUUCAUAUUGAAAUCUCUAAAAAGAGUUAUAUUUAGGAACGGAGGGAGUAUGAAAGCUGUAUAGUAAUUUUCUGCAGUUAUCGAGCAACCUCAGUCAUACAGAUACAGUACGGUAUACACAGAAAGGAAAAAAAAACAGUGGUAAAUAUUGAUUCAAGUGGAUUAUUUGGCUUCGAACCCUUAGUAAACAUAUGUGGUACGUAUUUGUGUUUCAA